UCACAUACUCUAAAAAUUCUUAUAGAUAAGUCCUUUAACAUACUUACAGGUUUACUCAGGACGUUUUACUUCACCGUUAAUUCACAAAGAAUACAUAACUUUAGAAAAAUUAGAGGUGCGUAACUUUGGAUUUGAACCUGCGGACAUUCGUCUUGACAAUCCGUUCCACUACCAAAUAGUCUAUCGCCGCUAUGAGUAUACUAUUGAAAUCAAUUUUAGGGAAGAAAAAUUUAAUAAUGUUUACCCAUAUUUUAUCUCUACCAUAUUUCACUACGACAAAGGCAGAACUGUUCGUUUAUAUGUAGUAUAUUCCAUUCUAAAUUUUGGCUCUGACUUCGCAAGCCCAUUGACAAUAUUAAGUCGGUAACUACCAUCAAACAUCGAUUCACUUACAUUUUCACCACAAACUGUAAUAAUUAUCUUAAACUAAACCAUUAUCGGUACUUGCUAAUAAAUGUUCUAUACUCGUGACUUUCAUUAUUUUGAUGGUCGCUAAAUAAAUUUUCUAAAAGUUAUUCUGACGAAAUACGAGGUCACUUUCAAUGUGUUCUGGGACAAUUAUCACCUCAAGUGGUUCAUUUCGCUGCUGGCUCAUCUGUUGACACUUAGCGGGACUUCUAGUGUUGCUCGUUCGACUGUUUAUGGGCCCUCUUUUAGAAGAAAAAAAAAAUAGUAGGAACUUAUACCAUUGUUGAAUGAGAAAAUUUUAGGUAAUUUGAAAUAUUUUUACUAAGUUCGGAAUCAUUUAACAGUUUCCUAUUUUCCAGUACAUCUGUUGAUUAUAACAAACAUGUGGUUAAGUCUUUUAAAUUUUAAAUAAAUUACAUACAUGCUUUAUUAUUAUUUUUUAACUACAUUAAUAAAAUUAUCUCAAUGAAAAGUAUUAAAAUAAACAAUAAAAAGGCUUAGAUCUGGGUGUUCUUUUUACUUAUGUAUACAUCCUAUAUCUACGCGUAUUUAUCUUGUCCAAAGUAAUAAAUUUACAUAAAUGUACUAACAGCAGAAUUUUAUAAGAAACCAAAAUUUCGAAAAGUUAAAAAAUAAUCAUAUCUUCACACAAAAAAGGGCAAAUUUGAUUUAAUUAGUUUUGGUACAGCGCAAUUUUUUAUAACCAGGAUUUUGUGAAAAACGUUACUGGGUACUUUUCUUUUGAAAAAAAAUCUAACCGUAUACUUCUAUAUCCCAUAAACCCCCAUUCCCCCAUUUUGAUUAAUGUCAAAGUAUUACUCGCAAUCAAUUACUUAACACCAGUCAAAACUAACUAAACUCUGGACCAAACUGAACAAUUCCGCUAAAUGUAAUUGAUGAUGUACAAUCGUAAUACUUUUGUACAUAUCCAAAUUUCUACCAUUUUCUACCAUGUCCAAUAAGCGGUGCGCAGUUGUUUAGCGUACGCACGAUAAUUUAUUUCGGAAUGCCGCGAAAUAGAGAGCAGUUGUCGCCGUGCGUAGUCUAUUCAAAAAAGUUGUGACAGUGCUAUAGCGUCCGAGUGUUCUAAUGUUCUUUUAUGUUCUGUGAAAAAAUGAAGUGUUUAAUUAUAUUUGCCUUAAGCGUGUUCGCGCAUUCCUCAGCAAGUUCCAUGCAGAAACGAGCGCUAAUAUUCCCACCGACAAGUCUUUACGGCACAUUCUUGGCGAUAGCUGUGCCUAUUGAUAUCCCGGACAAAAACGUGUUCGUCUCGUACAACUUCGAGUCGAACUACAGCGUGCUUACUAACAUUACAGAGAUCGACGAGGUCAUCUUCCCCAAUCUGCCGAUGAUUAGUUCCCGCCAAACUCGGAGUAUCACAAGAGAACUUGCCUACACCGUUCUUGAAACGAGAUUUAAAGAGCAUGGUAUGAACGGACGGGAGUGCAUGCUACGAAACAUUUGCGAGGCAGCCGAGACCCCUCUACACCACAACGGCCUCCUGGGACACAUAAUGCAUGUCGUGUUCACUCCCUCAGCAUCCCGCGAGGAGGGCCUGGACGACGACUACUACGAGGCCGAAGCUGACGGGCAGAAGGGAGACUGCGACAAAUACCUAGACGACUGCCCCUUCAGCCUGUUCGACAUCAUCACUAGACUUGUCGAGAUACGGCAUUAAUGACGAUUGCAAAUAUACGACUUUAAUGACA